CGGAGAUGCUCUAAGGUGACACUAGGAUGCAUGGAGGUGACAUAAGGUGACCAGGGAUGCUCUAAGGUGGCAUGAAGAUGCUUGGAGGUGACAUAGAUGUGACCCAGGGAUGCUCUGAGGUGACAUAAAGUGACAUGAGGAUGCUCUAAUGUGACAUGAGGAUGCUCUGAGGUGACAUAAGAUGACCCAGGGAUGCUCUAUGGUGACUUAAAGCGACCCAGGGAUGCUCUAAGGUGACAUGAGGAUGCAUGGAGGUGACAUAAGGUGACCCAGGGAUGCUCUAAGGUGUCAGAUGUGACCCAGGGAUGCUCUGAGGUGACAUGAAGAUGCUUGGAGGUGACAUAAGGUGACCAGGGAUGCUCUAAGGUGACAUAGAUGUGACCCAGGGAUGCUCUGUGGUGAUAUAAAGUGACACGGAGAUGCUCUAAGGUGACAUAAGGGAUUCACCAAGGUGACAUGAGGAUGCUCCAAGAGGAUGUGGGGUGACCCAGAGGUGCUUUGAAGUGACAUAGGUGUGACCUGGAGAUGCUCCAGGGUGACAUGGGGUGACCCAGGGAUGCUCUGAGGUGACAUAAGGUGACCCAGAGGUGCACUAAGGUGACAUAGAUGUGACCCAGGGAUGCUCUGAGGUGACAUGGGAUGACAUGAGGAUGCUCCCCUGUGACAUGCAGCGACCCAGGAAUGCUCAGGGGUGACAUAGGGUAACCCAGGGAUGCACCAAGGUGACACGAGGAUGCUCCAAGAGGAUGUGAAAUAACCCAGAGAUGCUCUGAGGUGACAUAAAUGUGACAUGGAGAUGCUCCGAGGUGACAUGGGGUGACAUGAGGAUGUUCCCAGGUGACAUGGGUGUGACCCAGGGAUGCUCCCAGGUGACGUAAGGCAACAUGAGGAUGCUUGGAGGUGAAACAGGAUGACCUGGGGAUGCUCUGGGGUGACAUGGGACGACAUGAGGAUGCUCUGAGGUGACAUGAGGUGACCUAGGGAUGCACCAAGGGGACACGAAGAUGCUCCAAGAGGAUGUGGGAUGACCCAGAGAUGCUCUGGGGUGACAUAGAUGUGACAUGGAGGUCCUUCAAGGUGACAUGAGGAUGCUCCAAGGUGAUGUGAGUGUGACCCAGGGAUGAUCUGAGAUGACAUGAAGAUGCUCUGAGGUGACAUAAGGUGACCCAGAGGUGUACUAAGGUGACAUAGAUGUGACCCAGGGAUGCUCUGAGGUGACAUGGGGUCACCUAUGUUGCUUUGAGGUGACCCAGAGAUGCUCUGGGGUGACAUAGAUGUGACAUGGAGGUCCUUCAAGGUGACAUGAGAAUGCUCUGAGGUGACAUGGAUGUGACCCAGGGAUGCUGUGAGGUGACACAUGGCCAGGCAGGGUUGCUCUGAGAGGACACAGGGUGACACAUGAAGGUUCUAAGGUGACAUGGAGCCAACCAGGGACGCUCCGAGGUGACACGGGGUGUCAUAAGGAUGCUCUGGGAUGAUGUGGGUGUGACCUAGAAAUGCUGCAAGGUGACAUGAGAAUGCUCCAAGGUGAUAUGGAUGUGACCCAAGGACAUUCUGAGGUGACAUGAGGCCACCCAGGGAUGCUCCAGGGUGACCCAGGGAUGCUGUGAGAGGACACAAGGACAUUCUGAGGUGAUGUGAGGCCACCCAGGGAUGCUCUGAGAGGACACAAAGACAUUCUGAGGUGAUGUGGGGCCACCUAGAUCAUGCCCCAAGGUGACUCAAGGAUGCCCUGACGUGACGUGAGGCCACCCAGGGUGACCCAGGGAUGCCCUGAAGUGAUAUGAAGUGACCCAGGGAUGCUCCAGAGUGACCUGGGGGUGCCCCAAGGACCUGUUGGUGACAAAGGCCGGGUCCAGCAGCUGCUGCCACCCUGGGAAGAGAUACAGAAUCCCUGCCCAUGUGCCUCAGUGCGAUACGUCCCCAUAUUCUGUAGGCUGCUGAAGCCACCUCAUGUGGGUUUGGCCAUGCACAGCACCCAAAAUGAGGCUCAAAAGGGCUCAAACUCUUCCCCACCGCUUCCUCACCCCUGCAGGUGCCACUCAGGCUACGUGGGGACACGCUGUGAGCACGCAGACCUGCUGGCCGUGGUGGCUGCCAACCAGAAGAAGCAGACGAUCACCGCGCUGCUGGUGGUGGCCGUGGUGGCCUCGGCGGUGCUGAUCGCAGCCUGCGUGCUCAUCCACUGCUGCCGGCUGCGGAAGCGCUGCGGGUGCUGCCGGGUGCCGCUGUGCGGGCAGGAGAAACCGUCGGGGCUGCUGAAGGGUGGAGCGUCCUGCUGCCAUACUGAGAGUGUUGUCUGACGGAGCCAACGCAUCCCAGAGGGACACAGACGCCGCUUCUCCCCGUUGGUUUCCCCCUUUUUUUCCCCUUUGGUUUCCCCAUUUUUCCCCUUUAUUUUUCCCCCUUUCUUUUUGUCCUCCUUCCCUUUCUGGGGAACACCAGCGGGGGAAGCACCGCAACGGCUGCAGUGCUCCCAGUUCUCCCAGUGCUCCCAGUCUCUCUGACAAUCCACCUCCCACCACCACAGCCCAGAGUGCUGGAAAUGGGGGAAAACACCCCAAAAUCCCCCCUGCUGCCGGCUCCUGGGAAGCAUCACUGGGUGCUGGUUGGGCUUUUUUUUUUUUCCUCAAACACUUCUAUUUUUUUCCUCCUCCUUCUUUUUUUCCCCCUUU